AUGAAGAUUUUUAUAGCAGCAACCAUCAUUUUUAUUUUAUGUCUAAUCCUUGAUGUAAUAUAUGAUCAACAAUUAUGGGAUGUUAAUACAAGAAUUACUAAAUAUAUGUAAAAAUAGCAAACCCCUGGGUUGUAAAGUAUGUUUAAUUUCUUUUCUAAUUGGAUAAACAUUUUUCCUGGAAUAGCUUUAUUAAUGUUUAUAUUUACAGAAAAUAAAUUGGCAUCCAUCAUAUAUAUGUGCUUAAUAUAAUUUACAAUUUCAUUUAACUCAAUUCUUAAAAAUGUAUAUCAUUAACCAAGACCUUAUUGGAUUGAAUCUGACAUUGUGGCAUUGUCUUGCAAUAAAGAGUUUGGUAAACCAUCAGGACAUGCUAUGGGAUCAUUGAUGAUGUCUUUUUUAUUGCCUUUGAUGGUUCUGCCUAAUACCUUUUACAAAAAGCCAAAGCUAAUUAAAAGUAUAAUCAUAUGUUUUGCUUCUAUAUGGACUUUUAUGACUGCAUUAUCUCGUAUUUAUUUAGGNUGA